GCAACCCGGAACUUGGUGAUGUCGCAGGACAACAAAGAUGGCAGGAAUAGGAGGCAGCAAUUACUGGGAAGAUCUGCGAAAGCAGGCCAGACAGUUGGAGAAUGAACUGGACCUGAAGUUGGUCUCCUUCAGUAAACUUUGUACCAGCUACAGCAGCUCCAGGGAUGGACGUCGAGGAGACACGUCAGACACCACCCCGCUGCUAAACAACUCCACCCAAGACAGGAUGUUUGACACCAUGUCAGUGGAGAUUGAACAGCUGCUGGCCAAACUGACUGCUGUAAAUGACAAGAUGGCAGAGUACACCAAUGCCCCGGGUACGGCUUCUCUCAACGCUGCACUCAUGCACACGCUCCAGAGACACAGAGACAUCCUACAGGACUAUACACAUGAAUUCCACAAAACCAAAGGCAACUUCUUGGCCAUCCGGGAAAGGGAAGACCUACUGGGGUCUGUCAGGAAAGACAUUGAGACAUACAAGAGUGGCUCCGGGGUCAACAACAGAAGAACAGAGCUGUUUCUAAAGGAGCAUGAGCAUCUGAGAAAUUCGGACCGACUGAUGGAUGACACAAUAAGUAUUGCCAUGGCAACCAAGGAGAAUAUGACCUCCCAAAGGGGAAUGCUGAAAUCCAUACAGAGCCGGGUCAACACGCUGGCCAACCGUUUCCCAACCAUCAACAAUCUUAUCCAGCGAAUCAACCUGCGGAAGAGAAGGGACUCCCUCAUCCUUGGCACAGUGAUCGGCGUCUGCACCAUCCUUCUCCUGCUCUAUGCUUUUCACUGAAAGCAAAUCCUGGUGAAAUCUUUAAAGGAGCAAGAUUGAUCUGCUCUUUGUAACAUGGGAACCCCCAGGAGACUGAGCUCAGUGAUUAGAGGACCCUGGAGGCUCCUGAGCAGAAGGACAUUCAGUUGGUCCAGUUCCUUGAUGGGAACAGAUUUGGCCAACAGGAACUACUGAACUUGUAUUUAGCAGUGGGACAAAUGGAGGGCUGCCAACAAGUGAAUGGAGACCAAAAGUACAAAUAAGACUUAAUUUUAAUCAAUUAUAUUGAUAACUCACACAGAAGGAAGUG